AUGGGGCAGGAGGAGGCGGCGGCGGACGGCGCCAUCAACGGCGGCGAGGAGCGGGCCGGCCUCGCGGACGCGCCGUACGACCGCUGGGUCCUGCUCCGCCCCGCCGAGGGCUCCUCCCGCCCCUCCGCCCGCUACAAGCAUGCUGCGGAGGUGGUUCAAGACAAGCUUUAUGUGGUUGGGGGAAGUCGAAAUGGCCGUUCUCUGUCAGAUGUUCAGGUUUUUGAUUUUAAGACAUCCAAGUGGUCAGUGUUGAAUCCCAGUCGAGAUUCAAGUCAAUUGAAUAUUGAAAAUAAUGAUGGAAUCCGGCAAUUUCCACCAUUAGUAGGCCACAGUUUGGUCAAGUGGAAGAAUAAUCUUCUAGUUGUAGCUGGGAACUCGAGAGCAGCAGCAUCGAAUAAGGUUUCAGUUUGGCUUAUCGAUGUGGAAACAAAUAGCUGGUCUGCUGUUGAUACGCAUGGAAAAGUUCCAAUAGCCCGAGUCGGGCAAUCUGUAUCACUAGUUGGUUCUAGAUUAAUAAUGUUUGGUGGAGAGGAUAACAAGAGGAGACUUCUGAGCGAUCUUCAUGUACUUAACUUGGAGACAAUGAUGUGGGAAGAGGUUACAACAGAGAAAGGUGGCCCAGCUCCUAGGUAUGAUCAUUCGGCUGCUGUUUAUGCUGACAAUUAUCUUCUAAUCUUUGGCGGUUCCUCUCACUCCACAUGCUUCAAUGAUCUGUACUUGCUUGACUUGCAAAGUCUGGAGUGGUCUCAACCUGACACUCAAGGUGCAAACAUAACUCCUAGGAGUGGCCAUGCUGGUACAAUGCUUGAUGAAAACUGGUACAUAGUUGGUGGUGGAGAUAAUGCAAGUGGUUCCACUGAUACAAUUGUAAUGAAUGCUGCCAAGUUUGUUUGGUCCGUGGUCACCAGUGUGACAGUUCGAGAUCCACUUGCUUGUGAGGGUCUAACUCUUUGCUCGACCACAGUUGAUGGUGAAAAGGUUCUAAUUGCCUUUGGCGGUUAUAAUGGGAAAUACAACAAUGAGGUCUUUGUGAUGAAACCCAAGCCAAGAAACUUUGUGCAACCUCGGCUUCUCCAAUCUCCAGCCGCUGCCGCUGCUGCUGCUUCUGUGACAGCUGCCUAUGCUGUAAUAACUGCUGCUGAUGAGAAAACUAAAGAUAUUGUUGCUACUGAUGAUUUAGAUGUGAAGAGAGCUGAACCUGGAAGUUCUUCCAAACAAAUUGUUGCUGAAAUUGAUGCACUUAAUGGGGAGAAAGUAGAACUAGAGUCUCGGCUGACAGAAGUUCGUGCUGAAAACACAAAGCUAAAGGAUAAACUAGAUAUGGUGAAGUUGUCCUACGGUGAAUUAACAGAGGAACUUCGAUCUGUUCAAAAUCAGCUAGCCGCUGAAGGUUCAAGAUGCGAGAAACUGGAGUCCCAAAUUGCUGCUGCACACAAAAGGUUGGAAUCUGCUGGCUCUUUGGAAAAUGAACUGGAAGUAUUGCAGCAACAAAUAUCUCAGGUGGAACAAACCAUGACAUCUUCUCAAAGACGGAAAUCUGGGGGUGUAUGGAAGUGGGUGGCAGGAAGUGCAGAGGUCUCCGACAACGAAUAGUCCUUCAAGACAAACAGGCAGCCAACAGCAAAUGACGACGCAAGCGAAGCUGCUACAGUUUUGAGACAGCCUGUUUAUCAGUGGCUACUGGGUGCUUCCUCAAGAACUUGCCCGCGAUCGAGUUUGCCAAAAUGUCGCCCAUAAUAGUCUUUUGGAUCUUCUGGAGUGGCGCCACCUGGUAGAAAGUUUCCAUAGGCCAGUUUAGACAAUUACAAUUUGCACAGUAAAAUCAUGGCAUCAUACAUACAAAUACACCGAAGAUUGUACCGCAUUGGGAAUAUAAUUAGUUGCGGUUACUAGCUUUCUUUUCUUCAUACAGCAAUACAAAUAUGUUCAUUGGUUUGUGGUACAAACAUGUUCAUUGGUUGUGGCGAAUGGAGGAAAUAUAUUUGUUUAUAGCGUAAAUUUAGUAGUAAUAAUA